UAGAAAAUUGAGCUAAUUUCGCCAUUUUUCAGUAUCACUCGGCGCGCGACAACUGUUGGAUAGAAACUCUAACAUAUUCCAACUCUAGUAUCGUUUCAAUUUUUACUUAUUUUAUUUAUUACACAUACAAGCGCAGAUUUGCGUGCUUGUGUUCCAAUUACAAAUAAAGUUUUUCAGUCCUUUUUAAAUUGAUUAACAGGCUGCACAAAUUAAAAAACGUCAUCAGAAAGAUACAUUUAUGGUUAAGGUCAUACUCGAACCCGCUACCUCCACACUACAGAGCGUUUUUACGAACAGCGAGACCACUCCGUCCUUUCAACUAAAUUCAAUUUAAUCUUUAGAAAUCAAUUGACUGCUUGCAUUACAAUUGACUGCAUAGGUUUAAACUUUUUGUUGUGAAUUAUUGACAUUAAUUUCUUUAAGGCAUGCAACAAUGUUAUUAGUUAUAAUCUAGUUCAGCCUUAAUGUAGAUUAAAAAAUCCGAUUAAACAGUUUAAUCUCGUUAUGAGCGUUUAUUGAGUUUAAACUUUUGAAGGUGAUUCACUAAACACACGCGUUUUGUGUUUAUGGAUGUGAAAAACCGUAAAUUGUAACAUCUGCUAUAAAUGCUUUCUGUUAAAAGGUUUUCCGCAAAUUACAAAUUUUGCAUAAAAAAUAUUGGUUCUAAGUAUAUUUUGUAUAAAUAUAAAUUUUUAAAAAAAUCUGAAUUUUUUUUCUCCAGAAAUGAAGUAUGGAUUAAAGCUUCCUUAACUUAGUAUAAUUUUCUUCGAAUGAAAAACUGUGGAUUUCGAAUUUCCUAUAAAUAAUAGAUUAAAAUUUAGCUAAAACUAUUCUUCAAAGCUAAGCUCUCGAAAUAUAAUAAUAAAAAUCAUGACAUUAUUAUUUACAAACUUAUAUUGCUAGCUGUGAAAAUUACUGACGCUAAAAAUGCCUUACUUGUUAUUUAUAUUUCACUAUUCUGACAUCAGUGAAAAUCUUCAGAAUUUUUAUCUAAUAAUUGUUAACAAUAAUAAAGCCUACUGUAAUUGGUGGACAUGUUUACUUCUUGGGCUUUGGAUCAUCCUCGGGGAUGUUUCCCUGACCGGCGUCAAUAGCCUAUUGUGCAGCUCUAGUUUGACGUAAAGUACUCCUACUACUCUCGUACAAUCAUAAAAAUACUCUUUAUGAAUCGGACUCUGAUAAAGAAGUUUUAAAACUUUUGACUGUUGGACACUAUAAUCAACACUUGGAACUUGUAAUUGUGAUUUAAAAAUCCUGCAGAAUUUUUACCCAUCGUGUCGCUGAAACUACACUGCUUUUUGGAGAAGAACACCAAUCAUGUCAACAAACUUUUCAUUUUCAAAACAUUGUGCAAUAGUUGGAUUCGCGUUUUAUAAAGUUUCGUUUCCGAACCGGAGAAUCAUUAACUGUCGACUUAGUGAUAUAAGUUGCAUCUAUAAUACUUCACUGUUUAAGGAAAACGAGAUUGCUUAGAUUUAAUCUCCAAAAUGGAACGCGACAGUCUGUUUAAAGAAGUGAUAGUCUCUAAAAAAGGAGAAGUUGAUGUCCCAGUAGAGCCUUGUAGAGGUUUUACCAGCGAAUGCGAGUUCUGUAAUAAAAGAUUCGGCAAUUGGGUGGAGCCAAGCGAACAAGUCUUGGAGAAUAUCCCCAACAAACCCGGAAUCUUCAUGGUAGCUCUGAAGAACAAAAACACCAUCGAAGUGCAAAACAUCGUUCUUGAUCUGACCGACAUUCAAAGAAAAGCUUUUAGGUGUAUUGAAAACGAAAAAGAACUUGUUGCAGACAAAAAGUCGAAAGUUACUAAAUCUGUCAUUCUUUGUCGAUGGAUGACCUGUAAGCCAAAAGAUGAUAAAGAUGUUACCAGUCUCUGUGCUCAUUGGUUUAACAAUGGAAUUAAGCCUAAAAACAUGAGCAAUUGGCUUGGAAUGAACAUCGUCGAACAAAGUGGACAUUUUGCCUUUUCGGAAAAGAUACAAAAGUGGUGCUACCCUAAGAAGGAAGCAACUUGGCGAAAACCCAAAAACACUCUUCCAAAGAGAUUGGUUGAAAACGUGAAGGAAUGUGAUUUUGAGAAACCGUGCGAGGUUUGUGAUUCGAAUUUCGCUUUCAGCAGUUGGGAAUCACUAGAUAAUGUCGUAAAGAAUAACUUGGCGCCUAAAACUCCAGGUCUGUACCAACUUUCUGUGAAAUGUGGAAAAACGCGUGAAGUUGUCGAAAUUGCCUUCGAUUACUUAGAUUCUUCUAACUCAAAAUUUAAAUGUCUUGAUGCUGCAAUCAGAGGCCACAAGAAUAGCCUGCUUAAUCUUGAUGCUCACAAUAGAGGUAAAUUUAAAAAUAAAGACGCAGUUACGGAAAUUAGAUGGUUAGAAGUUCAGAACAUGGACAAUGAAAAUAGUUGUUUCCUGUGGGCCCAUUGGUUCAAUGCUCAUAAGUUACCAAUGCUUCAUACAAUUUUGCCCGGAAAAAAACAGCUGGAGAAACAUCAGAACUUUGUGCUCAGAGAAAAGGAUAAGAAAUGGUGUUACGUAGUUGAUGAACUAAAGCAAAAUAAAAUGUCUAGGUUUGCAUCGAAGCAGCGAAUGAGGAAUGAUUUAGAGGAAGAUAUUAGAUUUGCACAAACCCACUGUUCUUAAAAUUUGUUUAGUUAAAAUAAUAAUUUAUUUUUUGUUAUUUAUAGUUUGUUGAUAUUUUUUAAUAAACACUGUUG